UGGAAGCCAAUCCUCGAGGAGACAUUGCACCGCGCGUUCCCAUAUACAAAGGCCAGCUUCAAAAUGAUAUUGAUGUACAGGCUCCGAUGACGCGGAUGCAUCCGUGCGUGCGAGUCAGCUUGUUUUAUGGGCGAUAAGCGCGCGCCUGGCCGUCGUCGCGGAGAGCAAAGCUUAGAGUAUGCUUCGGUUGACCUCUUUAAAUGGGCACGCUGAUCGUCAGGCCGUUAUCAUACCCACUUUGGAGUCGAAGAAGCACCGAGGUGUUCAUCUGGCAUGAGAGACAGGCUGCGACGCGCUAUGUACCCGCAGGGUGAACAGCGGACGCCUGCAUCCCUGUUUGCCACCGUUUGGAAAGCGUCAAUUCACGUUGAGCGGUACUGCUGGUGCACCUGGUACAGUGCGAGCAUUGAAACCUUUGUUGCGAAGCUACGGACCACUUUCUCGCGAGCCCACCGCUAUACACUGGGCACGGCCACGGGUCGCCUCUUUGCAUCCUCUCGACCACCCCGGGUGCGUGCUUUACCUUGCUCAGAGUCCCGCGUGGGGUACCUGUGGCAGCCGUUGCGUCUUCGCCCGCCCUCUUACGUAGGCCAGUGCUCGUGGUUAGUCCCACGUAUCCCACGACCGACCGGACUAGUACUGCAACGUCACAUUCGUUGCCUCGGAUUCCAACCUACGAUUGCUCUGGCAGAGCGGCGCGCUACGCUGAUCUGCCCUACCUUCCCCAGUGAAGCACGCAGAAAGUCGGAACCACGGGGACAUUCGUCCCGGGGACGAGGGACGCGAGACGCGAGACGUCACAGUCAGUCACAGCACCGUGAGUGGCCGGCCACCAUCAUCGCUUUACCUCCCACUUUGACCAGCUUUGACAUUGUCAUUAUUGAGGGCCAGAAAGACAAUUCACCGGUCAGCUAGGUGUCUAGAUAUACAUAUCGACUGACUUAGUCACUUACUGACUGAGAUUUACGAAGGCGUCACGGAGGCCAGGCAUAGUGGCGCGCUACGUGACGGAGAUGAUUAUGUAAGCAUACCACAGGCACUACUCAUAGGCUCUUGUAUUUAGUUACCUUGAACGACACCCAUUGUUUUGAAACCGUGAGGCUAGAUUAGAUGGUGUAAUUACUCAA